AUGGAAUCUGGGUUUGAACUUUGUUUGCCGGAGUCAGAGGUCUAUGUUGCGCGGGUGAAUAAUUUGUGUGUGGCGAAUACAGUCUUGUGUAAUUUUGGGGCGCAUUUCAGUGAGUCGCUUAUGAAAAGAUUUAGAGAGAGCUGUUUUGGGCACCUGUUGGGCCUCCAUAAAAUUGCAUUUAGUGGUCAAAUUGUGCAUGCUCUGGCACUCCGGCGAGUCGGAGGACUUGGUAUUAAGGACAUGCUGGGCCUUAGUUAUGCAAUAGGGUCCAAUGUUGCUCAAUUCAGUGUAAAGGAUUUUUGUUUGAUAAGUGGUCUGAAAUGUGGAACAGAGCCUGACAUAACGUUCGGGGGGGAUGCUCAUAAUCAAUUUAUGAAAGCGCAUUUUACUAACAGGGGUCACAUUACUUGCAAUGACUUAGAAAAUGCAUUCCUAAAGUCCGAAAAAGGAAGCGAGGACUCGUUCAAAUUGGGACUGCUGUAUUUUGUGGAGUUUGUUAUAAUGGGUAAACCCCAAAAUGUAAAGAUAAACGAGGAGUACUUACAUUUGGUUCAUAAAAUGGACGAAUUCAACAAUUAUCCGUGGGGAUCUAUAUCUUUUGAGUUUUUGCAUGAUUCUCUGUUGUUUGCUCCCGGGAAGAAAGAGAGUGAUGAAGAGAAUGAUGGGAAGGGAAAAGGAAAGAAAAAGGGAAAAAAAGCAGUGCGGAGUUCAGUGAGAAAAGGGAAGAAAAACGUGGAAGAUGAGAUGCCUAAAAGAAUUAACAGUCCUGGAUGGAGUAUAAAGGGAUUGAGCUAUGCAGUCUAG